UAUUUUUAUGCUUGCAUACUUUUCUGUCUGCUUCGUCCACCACAGCAUUACUCGCCAGAAUUUUAUAAAAGAUUUGAACAUCAUUGCACCUUAUUUAUCUUGUUCGAGAUAUAUCCAGUUUUGCUUUGAUAAGAGGAUCAAACGAAUUACGAUUAUUGUACAAAGAGUGCUGGAUUUAUUUACCAGUCGUGAUUGGAUAGUGAAAUUUGAUAAUCAUAGAAAAAAGUAGAACAAUAGUGUUUCAUUUAUCUAGUUGACAGAACUCUAUCAUAAUGUUUCUCGUCGCAUUGACUGGAGGAAUUGCUACGGGUAAAAGUACGGUAUCGAAGGUUUUCCGAGAGAAUGGAGUUCCGGUUAUCGAUGCUGAUGCUAUCGCACGUCUUGUGGUUGAACCGGGAAAGCCGGUAUGGCACAAGAUCAAGGCGGCAUUUGGAGAUAGCGUCUUCCAUCCGGAUAGUGGCGAACUGAACCGCGAAAUGUUGGGCAAAUUGAUCUUCGAUGACGUGGAGAAACGACGGCUCUUGAAUGAAAUCACGCAUCCAGCCAUUCAUAGUGUCAUCUACAAGGAAGUUAUCAAAUACUUCUUCCUAGGACAUAAUUUUGUUGUGCUAGAUCUGCCAUUGCUGUUCGAGACGGGUGUUAUGCUGAAUUUGAUGCAUAAAAUCAUAACCGUUACAUGCGAAGAAGACAUCCAACUAACAAGACUGAUGGAUCGCAACCAUUUAUCGGAGGCAGAUGCCAAGAAACGUAUCAAGCAGCAGAUGCCAUUGGAGCAGAAGUGUAGUCAGUCCCAUUUCGUGGUAGAAAACUCAGGAACUCUUCAGGAUACUGAAGAACAAACCAUCAAAAUACUGAACGUUCUGCAGGAUAGCAACCAACAUUGGAAGAUUCGGGGUGUCAUAUUUGCUACGGCUGCAAUUCUGUUUUCGAGUAUAGCGUGGGUAUUGAAUUACAAAUAUAAGUUCAUAUCUAGCAACUAACAUAGGAGCCGGCAUGGGCAUGGGAUCAGGUUUAUGUUCGAUUGAAAUGUGGUUUCGUUGGAGAUAUUAGGUCUAGCAAAGCGAUUAUAAUUCCUUAUGUUUACUAUUAUGAAUAUUUUCAAACCAUUAAAUGGACUUGAAGAGCAGUGUUCUAGUGUCAGUCAUGUGCAUUUUAUUUACUUCAGUGAGUAUAAUGUAUUCCUUCAUGAAUGAAACAAAAAUAGAUUUGAAAUCAUAAU